GUUGAAUUUAUGUUGUUUUUUUUUUGUUUUUACGCGUUUCGCAGAAUUUUUUUUCAAUGUAUUUUGGUCAGUGUGAAUACCUUUAGUUUUUUUUUCUCCGGUGAUUUUUGUGUUUGUAUUAUCCUUCAGCUCUAUUUCAGAUUUAUUUUAACAGUUUACAAUAGUAAAAUGAAAUGUAUCCAUAAAUUGUAAUAAAAAAAACGAUGAAAAUCGAAUGUAUAAUUUGAUGAUCAACAGGAAACGAAUAGAAUAUGGCAAGAUUACCGCCGAAUAAAAAUUUUCUUCAUAUGCAUAAUAAUUUAGUUGUUAAUAAUAAUGAUAAUAGCGAUAAUACAUUUUUGGAUUUUAUGAUUCUUAGAUCUUAUAAAUUAGAUGUCGAACCAUGUAAAUCACGAGCAAAUCGUAAUUGUACCAAUAAUGCACGUUGCCUUAAAGGUCUUGGUCAGGCAACCUGGCUAAUCAAUCAAGAAGAAGAUAUACAAGAAGAGGAUAAAAAUUUAGCCGAAGAACAACAAUUUUGUUUUCGUGGUUUAAAAAAUCUUGGUGCCACAUGUUAUAUAAAUACAUUCCUACAACUUUGGUUUCAUAAUGUUCAGCUAAGGGAGGCAAUAUUUAAAUGGCGACCAAAUCAUUUAUCGAAUUGUAAUCCAUCAUGUUCUGAUCAAUUUCUUGCAAAUCCAAUCACAUGUCUUCAAUUGGUUUUGGCUAUGAUGCAAUUUAGUGUUCGACGUUUUGUUGAUCCAACACCGUUUAUCAAAUGUUUACAUUUAGAUGCAUCACAGGAGCAAGAUACUCAUGAAUUUUCCAGUCUUUUCAAUUCAUAUAUUCAGAAUAAAUUGAAUUAUGAGAAUGAUAAAUCUAUACAGAAAACAAUCAAUCAGCAGUAUUGUAUGAAAAUUGCUUAUAUAAUCAAAUGUAGCAGAUGUAAAUUUGUCAGCGAACAUGAAUCCGAUUUUUAUGAGCUUCUUCUUCGUGUUAAAGGCUUCAAAGAUAUUGAAGAAUGUAUAGGUGAUUAUUUGAAAGAAGAGAAUCUUGAUGGGACGAAUAGAUAUGCCUGUCAAAUUUGUAAUGGAUUACAAGAUGCGAAGCGAUUUAUUGAAUUAAGAAAAUUGCCACCGGUUUUAAAUCUUCAGCUACUUCGGUUUGAAUCUUCAAAUGGCCAUAGUCGAAAGAUAAGUUCAUUUUUAAAGUUUCCAAAACGGCUUGAUAUGAACAAAUUUAUACGACCCGAACAAACGAAUUCGACCAAUUCAAAUGUAUACAAUCUGUUUGCCGUUCUUAUCCACGAAGGUCAAACCGCCUAUUCUGGACAUUAUAUAACUUUUAUCAAGAAAGAUAAUUUUUGGUUUAAAUUUAAUGAUGAAAAUGUUGAACAAUUGAAAGAUUUUAAUUUAAAAAUUGAUAACGAUGAUGAUUUUCAUAUCAGCCAAAAUGGUAGCAACAAUGAUGGCAAUAAUGGCCGCAAUGAAAAAGGUUUUCAUAAAUCUAAAAAUGCCUAUAUGCUUGUUUAUAAACUUGAUUCUGAACCUAAUCGGCUAUUACUUAAUGAAUUACGUCAAUCCAGUCUACCUAAUUAUAUUAUUGAUUAUAUCGAAAAAGAUAAUCAAGCAUAUCUGAAAGAAAAAGAAGAUUUACUACAUCAAAAAUGUCAAGAACGGCUAAAAGAACUGAAUCAUCAAAGACAGGUUCGACAAAUUUUUUCCAAAAUGGAACUUGUUCAUUUGCAAACAAAUCAAUGUGAUAUAAAUAACAGCAGCAAUAAUAAUCAUGAUAGUCAAUUGAAUGAAAGAUCAUUCGAUGCUAUCAAUAAAUCAUGGUUGAUGAAUUUUUUUCGUGCAUCUACAUCCGAUGAAGUGCCCGCUAUAGAUAAUGAAUCUUUAUUAUGUAUGCAUAAAAAAUUAAACAUUGAUUCAUCUUAUAAAUUCAUAUCAACUGAAAGUGCCGAUCUAAUCUAUUCAUUAUAUAAAAGUGAUAUUCGAUUGAAAUUUCCUGAAUAUUUUUGUAAACAAUGUGUACAAUAUCGGGUGUAUAUGUCGAAUGUAAAACAAACCAUCGAUGAUGACCAAAAAUUAAUUCGUAAUUUAGGAAAAUUUAAAAAUUGUCAAGAUGAAAAUCUUUAUUGGGUGGGUAAAGAAUCUAUGAAAAAAUGGAAAAAUCUUCGUAUCGAAUCAAUAAAAAGACAAUAUGAAGUGGAUUUUCAACCUGAAAAUAAUUUAAAUUUUAAUGAAGAUCUUUUAUGCCAACAUGGACAACUUUGUUCUGAUUCAUCCAAACGUACACUUAUCCGUUAUCAAGCAUGGCUAAUAUUACGGAAACAUUUUCCUGAAUCACAUGAAUUUGUUGAAAAUUCAUUGCCUUGUUCUGAUUGUUUGGAAAUUGAUCGUAAUAAACAAAUUAUUCGUGAUAAAAACUAUGAUAUAGCUUUGAUUCAACGUUCUAGUCUGAUUAGUCUUUACAAUGGUGAGCUUUUUCGUUAUUGGCCUGAUUUACUUGCCGGACAUUCCUAUCAUAUUAUUCCAACAAAAUUUUAUAUGGCAUGGAAAAAAUUCGUUGCACAUCCAAAUACAACACCAUCACCCGAUUCAUUAAUAUCAUAUGAAUCGAAUAUUAUUUGUACCAAACAUUCAUUUUUUAUGUUUCCACCAUUCGAUGAUGAAUAUGUUGGCUUUGAUAAAAUUUAUCUUAUUUUGGACCAAAAUGAAUGGAAAGCUUUGACAGAUUUUUAUGAAUUUUCCAUCGAUGUAUCAUUUAUCCGAAUGGAUGAUGAGAAUAGUGAUCGAUAUGAAUUAAAACCAGGAUUCUGUUUGUCUUGUCAUCAAACUUUUGUUCAUGAAGAGAAACAAAAACGAUUUUUCUAUAGUGAUUCACCUAUUUAUGUGAAAAAAAUUGUUACCGAAGAAUCAUUUAAUGAUAAAGAUCCUGAUGAUAACAAUAAUCCAUCUAAAAAAUUCAAAAUAAUCGACAAUUGCAAUCAUCAUCAAUCGAAAAAUGAAUACGAAUCUAUGCAGCAAAAUAAUCAACAACAGCCACCAACGAAUCAACGAAAACGUACACUAAGAAAACGACGUAUGAAUAAUGAACUUGAAAUUAUUGUCUCAUCACAGGAUAAAUUAAAAGAUGUUAAAGUUAAGAUAAUGCAACAUUUUAAUGUUGCCACAUAUGAUCAAGUAUUAUGGUAUAACGGUAAACAAUUGUUAUCCGCACAGAAUAAUUGUACACUUGGUGAAUUGGAAAUCGAACCAUUUAUUACAUUGUUAUUAAAGGUUGACGAUAGAAUGGAUGAAAAUGUUUCACCCGAAGAAUGUGCCAACGUUGGUAAUCUUGGUCCGGAAGCUGGAUUCAAAGGUACUCAGCUUCAUCUGUUAUGAAAAAAAAUUUUUCCUAUUCUUUCGUUAUUGUUAUCAAUGUUUCAUUGGAUUUAUUUCAUUCUUCAAUCAACCAUCUUUAUUCGAAUUGAAUUUCACUGAACAAAAAAAAAU